UAAUUAUCCCACUCAAUUACCUCUGUUGUGUUCUUCGUUUAACUGCUGCUCCCCAGCGCAUCGAUUUCGUACCAGCGAAAGAAAGGGGUUCUUCCCUCAAACCCUAACGACGCAGUCGCCUGCAGAUAAUUAGUGAAAAGAUCGAGAGAGAUUAAGGGAAAUUGAAAAGGCAUCUUUCGUUGCCAUGGCGAUCCUCUACGCGGUGGUGGCUAGGGAAACGCUGGUCCUCGCCGAGUUUGCCGCAGCCACCGGUAACAGCGGCGCUGUCGCCCGGCGUAUCCUCGAGAAGCUUCCGCCGGAUUCCGAUUCCAGGCUCUGCUUUUCACAGGAUCGAUACAUCUUCCACGUUCUCAGAUCUGAUGGCAUCACCUUCCUCUGCAUGGCCAAUGAUACCUUCGGGAGGAGAGUUCCCUUUCUGUAUUUGGAGGACAUUCACAUGAGAUUCAUGAAGAACUAUGGCAGGGUGGCUCGUUCAGCACUAGCUUAUGAAAUGAAUGAUGAAUUCUCCAGAGUACUACAUCAGCAAAUGGAAUUGUACUCGAGCAAUCCAAGUGUUGACACACUUACCCGUGUACGUGGCGAAGUUAGUGAGGUACACACUAUCAUGGUGGACAAUAUUGAAAAUAUAUUGGACAGAGGUGAUCGCCUUGCCCUUCUUGUGGACAAAACUGCUACAAUGCAAGAUAGUGCUUUCCAUUUUAGAAAGCAAUCCAAGCGACUUAGGCGAGCUCUGUGGAUGAAAAAUGCCAAGCUUUUAGCUGUGCUGACAUUUUUGAUUGUUCUGCUAUUGUACAUAAUCAUAGCAGCUAUCUGUGGCGGCAUCACACUUCCAUCAUGUAGAUCAAAAUAGGGUCGAUCAAAAUUCAUUGUGAUGGAGAUUCUUGCUUUGUACAUUCAUUAGUUUGCCUGUGUAUGGAAGCUCUACUUCCAUCAGUUUUUCCUUGUGUGGCAAUAACAUUAGUGCUUCCUAAGCUCAUAAGCUAUCUGCCUUGCUAUUUGCUUAAUGUCUGUGGAGGAGUUUAUAUUGAAAAUUGUUAUGUAAGUUACAGUUUAUCUAAGAAUAAGUUAUCUAA